AUGGUGUCCUCGGUGUUCGGGUCUCGGUUGUCGGGCCUGCUGAGCCGGGCCCUCCCACGGGUGGGGCGGCCCAUGUCGAGUGGCGCCCAUGGCGAGGAGGGUUCAGCUCGCAUGUGGAAGGCCCUCACCUACUUCGUGGCGCUGCCCGGGGUGGGAGUGAGCAUGCUCAACGUCUUCCUGAAGUCGCAGCAUGGAGAGCACGAGAGACCCGAGUUCGUCGCCUACCCAAUCCACAUCAGGACCAAGCCCUUCCCCUGGGGAGAUGGUAACCAUACCCUCUUCCACAACCCUCAUGUGAAUCCACUUCCGACUGGCUAUGAAGAUGAGUAAAGAGAACUUGGAUCUUCCCCCAGGCAGCAAGGGACCACAGCACUGGUUUGGACCAUUACUUUGUGGACCAUGAAAGCGCAUGGGGCGCUAAGCUCAUCUUUCCUUGUAUCCUACAGUGACCAUUACACUGAUCUUCCAUCCCUUUGCUUACAAGAGGAGAUGGCCUAAAUAAAUAACUUAAAGUUA